AUCACUUUGGUUAAAGCCGUCAUCAAAUCAAAUAGAAACGUCAAUAACAACAACAACUACAACAAUCAUAUAUUAUAUAUUACAACUUCAACACCAACAACGGUAACAACACCGACGAAAUCACAUUGUACGACCCUGCUACCCUGCUAGAAAUAGCAACCAAAUUCCUUUCACAGCCACACCUCUGUCUUGAUAUAGAAAGGAAAAAAGGACACGUUUUUUUUUUCUUUUUUCUUUUUUCUUUUUGGAUAAUAGCCGUGAUAUUAUCUGAAAAUAAGAUGGAAUGAUCAUGAAUGGAUUGUCUUCGAUCAUAAUAGAUCUACUCGGUCCGGACUGACCCGGGGCUAAGCAACAACAACAACAAUAACAACGAACAGCAUCAGCAGCGAACACUUGUAACAUACUACUACCACUACUACUACUACUACUACUACUACUACUACUACUACUAGAAACGUUGUAGUAGAAACAAAUAACAAUAAUAAUAGAACUAAUAGCACUAUUACAAUAACUCUUAUUGCUAUUAGGUAACAACAGCAAUUAGUAAUAUAAAAAAACUCUGUGACUUGUAUUACAACAAUAACGUCAACAACGAUUGGUAAUACUGCUUCAGCUGCUGCUGCUGCUGCUGUUAUUAAGCUUGCAAUAAUUAUAAUGACCAUAUCAAUAACAGUGUAAAUACCACCAGGCUGCUGGGAAUGUGCCGGUCACUGAAGCUGCUCGAAACAGUAACCUAAUCUACUUUAAAUCACUCUUUGAUAUCUCUCUUGGGAAAAGAGGAAUAUUUCGGAUGAAGUCAGUAUAUUUGAAAGAAGGGGGUAAAAGAAAAAGAAAACAAGGAUGCCUAGAAUACAUUUGUUCAUAAACCUGUUCAGUCAAGUCUGACAUGGGGCUCGACGACAGCAACAAUAAUAACAACAACAACACACACGAGUAUCUGAAGAAAGGAGAAAUUAUUACUACAUUUACUAUAUCAAUAAUUAAGGGGUUAAAAACUACGUUAAUUGUAACAUUUGCAUAAGGAGGUUAUAUCAGGUGUAAGAAAAACAAUUUACAGCAAAAGCGAAACAAUAAUAGCUAAACUGACAUCAAGAAUUAUAACAAACAACACGAAACUAACGAAGGUGCCUCUACGUAGUUUCUUGACCUGCUAGAAACAACAGCUAAAUCUCUCGGAAAACACUUUAUUUUCUAACAAACAAAAAAGAGAAAAAAGGAAAGAAAAGGAGAGAUAUAUAAAGGCUAACGAAGUCUUAAACUAUACUAGCAUAUGAAUGAAAGUCCGAGUGGUCGCGGUUAGGACGUCUUUUGUCUUGGGGUCUGUCAGUUUGAUCCCUUGUCACAUUUUGAUCAUUGUUACAGCACUGAGGCUAAAAUAACAACUGCUACAACAACAACAACAACGUGCACUAGUUACGGCGACAAUAUUAAUUAAAUACAUAAUAAACUGCGUCACCACUACUUCCACCAGCACUACAGCUACUACUCCAAUUCACUUACAGUACGUCGCCGGCGUAGCCUUCAUCACCACCACCACCACGUGAAAGAGAAUGUGAAGAACAGUAAUAAAACAAAUACACCACCACCCCGAUUCAUAAAGCAACAACAGAUUAAGCCACUUCCACCACAACAACAACAACAGCAACAGCAGCAGCAACAGCAGCAGUAGCAGCUUACGGUGGAAGCUGCACCGGUUGCUGCGGUGGAGGAGAUUUGAGAAGAAAGUUUAAGGAAAGAGAAAAGUUAAAUAUAUUUGGCCAGAGAAAGGUGUGUCUAUCAGAUUCAUAAUCGAUCGAUUUACCGGUUUAUUUAUCUACCGGGUUACUAAUCAACCAAUCAAUCAAUCAAUCAAUCAAUCAAUCUAUCUAUCUAUCUAUCUAUCUAUCUAUCUAUCUAUCUAUCUAUCUAUCUAUCUAUCUAUCUACCUAUUUAUCUCGUAUUGUAUUAAUUAGUGCUGACUUACAUCACCAUGAAAAGUUUCGUCACUUUAUUUAUCCUCCUUCUGCUGGAACUAAAUAAAACUUUUGCUGGAAAGAGAAGACAAGAGAGGUCUGUGCUUCGCUUCGCUGACUGCGGCAAAAGCCAACAUCGUGUCAUCACAAUAAACCACGUGAGAAUCAACCCAAUGCCUAUUGUUGCGCCAGGAACGGUCUACUUAAGUAUGGCAGGUACAUUGAGUCACGACCUCCCACGACGUUUGACCGUUGACCUUAAUGUCACUAAGUACAUUUUUAAGGUGCCCUUCCGGCUGCCCUGUUUCAACCGAAGAUUUGGUUCUUGCAUGUACGAUAAUAUCUGCAACAGUCUGGAAAAAUAUCAAAUAUACGGUUGUCCGAAAGAAUUAACAGAUAAGAAUUUACGAUGUCAUUGUCCAUUUCUUAAUGGAAACUUCCGAAUAGACAAACUGCCACUGUCUAUUCCAAAAUUUGGAGGGUUCGCUGGUCCACUUAUCAAUGGUCAUUACAAGCUUCAUGUUCGGGUAUUGGGAGAUGAAAAAGAGGAACUCGGCUGCCUGGAAUUAAAGUUUUCGAUCAGAAAACGGAGUAAAGGAUGGUUUUUUAAAACAUGAACUGCCUUUCGUACUGGCAGGAGUUAUGGCUAAGGCUUUCGAGAAUGGAAUCGGAAAAUUUGCAAACAAGAAAAACUUCAUACAUCUAUAUAUAAAUAAUUAUAGACAAACACGCAAACAUACAUCAAUUCAUAAGUACGUUUCAUACAUACAUUCAUGCAUACAUACGUACUACGUACGUACCUACCUACCAACCUACCUACCUACCUACCUACCUACCUACCUACCUACCUACCUACCUACCUACAUACAUACAUACAUACAUACAUACAUACACAUUGCAAACAACCAGGUAACCGCGAAAUCUCCGAUGUGUACUGAAACGGAACCUAAUAUUUUUACUUAUUUAACCUCUGAUUUGGCUUAUUCAUGAAGAAAAUGAACUGAGAACUUGGAUUAAUGGAUUAUAAAGAUCAACAAUAACAGUUAUACAAACUAUUGUAAAAAGCAUGAUGACAACGAUGAUGGUGAUAAUGACGAUGAAAACGACGUCGAUGACGACGAUGAUGAUAGUUGUCGUCGUCAUCAUAAUCAGGGUCACGAUCACAACAAUGGUCAUAGCAAUCAUAUUAAUGUUAUAACAAUUACUAAUGGUUUUUGCAUAUAAUAAUUUUCAAUGUACCACUACUAUAAACACGACUAACAAGGCUAAUGAAGAAGCCACUACUUUGUUUGACCUAAAGGAAAUAACAGUCAACUCACCCUCAAAGAACAUCCUAAAGAACAUACAAUAAACAUUGUGCACCUUGAUAUGCAAAAAUACACACAUAUAGAUACAAAAACGAUGAAAAUGAGGAUGAAGGAAAGAAAGACAAUGUGUAUAUCAAAGCAUGCUUAUAUAGAUAUAGAUAUAUAAAUAUA